CUCUUUCUCUUCACCUCAGAGUCCGUCGGCGAGGGCCACCCUGACAAAAUGUGCGACCAGAUCAGCGACGCCAUCCUCGACGCCUACCUGAAGGUGGACUCGAAGGCGAAGGUGGCCGCCGAGGUGGCCACCAAGUCGAAUCUGAUCUUCGUCUUUGGCGAAAUCACCUCCAGCGCCCACGUGGACAUUGAGACGGUGGUGCGCGACACCAUCAAGCGCAUCGGCUACGACUCCCCGGAGAAGGGCUUCGACUACCGCAACUGCGAGAUCAAGCUCGCCCUGGAGAAGCAGAGCCCGGAGAUCGCCUCGGGCGUGCACGAGAACCGCGCCGACGAGGAGGUGGGCGCCGGCGACCAGGGCCUGAUGUUCGGCUACGCCACCGACGAGACCGAGGAGUUCAUGCCCCUCACCGUGGUGCUCUCCCACAAGCUCAACGCGAAGAUCGCCGAGCUCCGUCGCAACGGCGAGUUUCCCUGGGCGCGCGCCGACACGAAGACGCAGGUCACCUGCGAGUACCGCUUCACCGCCGGCUCGGCGCUGCCCGUCCGCGUCCACACCGUGGUCGUCUCGGUGCAGCACUCGGAGAGCAUCAGCCUGGAGGCCCUGCGCGCGGCCAUCCUCGAGAAGGUGAUCAAGGUGGUGAUCCCCGAGGACUACCGCGACGAGCGCACCAUCUACCACAUCAACCCCUGCGGCAACUUCAUCGUCGGCGGCCCGGCGGCCGACGCCGGCCUCACCGGCCGCAAGAUCAUCGUCGACACUUAUGGCGGCUGGGGCGGCCACGGCGGCGGCGCCUUCAGCGGCAAGGACCCCACCAAGGUGGACCGCAGCGCCGCCUACGCGGCCCGCUGGGUGGCGAAGUCGCUGGUGAACGCCGGCCUCUGCCACCGCUGUCUGGUGCAGCUCUCCUAUGCGAUCGGCAUCGCCCAGCCGCUCUCCAUUACCGUCUUCAGCUUUGGCACGUCCCGUCUCUCGCAGAAGCAGCUGGUGCAGGUGGUGCGCGAUAACUUUGACCUCCGCCCGGGUCUCAUUAUUCGUGAUCUGACGCUGAACCGCCCCAUCUACGAGAAGACCUCCUGCUACGGCCACUUUGGCCGCGACCAGUUCCCCUGGGAGGCGCCGAAGGAGCUCAACCUGAAGUCGGUCAAGCACGUGCUGGCCGCCAAUGGCGGCAAUGGCGUCGUCCACGCCGACCUGCCCAUUGGCGGCAUCGGCGGCGGUGGUGCCCUGAACGGCGCCACCCUCGUCAACGUCAACGGCAAUGGCAACUGCAACUACCACUAG